GCUAAAGCCAGCAGCUGAACCUUGUGUCAAAACACAGAGGGAAAUCAGCAGCAGGCAGCGCAAGAUCUCAACCCGAUUUCAGCUUUAGCUCUUUUUUUUCGUAAAGUAUUUGUUGAUACAAAGUGUUUUACGUUCGCGUACCAUGACUGAACAAUCAGCAUUACUUCUUCGAAAACAACUGGCAGAGCUCAACAAGAACCCCGUGGAGGGCUUUUCAGCUGGUCUGAUAGAUGAUGAUGACAUAUAUAAAUGGGAAGUUGUAAUCAUUGGGCCACAGGAUACCCUUUUCGAAGGAGGGUUUUUCAAAGCAUACCUUACCUUUCCCUAUGAUUAUCCACUACGGCCUCCAAAGAUGAAGUUCAUCACUGAAAUCUGGCACCCAAACGUUGCAAAGAAUGGGGAUGUUUGCAUCUCAAUUCUGCAUGAACCAGGAGAAGAUAAGUUUGGCUAUGAAAAGCCUGAGGAGCGCUGGCUUCCUAUCCACACCGUAGAGACAAUCAUGAUUAGUGUUAUCUCCAUGCUGGCAGAUCCCAACAGCGACUCACCAGCUAAUGUGGAUGCUGCGAAAGAGUGGAGGGAGGACCCUAACGGCGAAUUUAAGAGGAAGGUGGCUCGCUGUGUAAGAAAAAGUCAAGAGAUGGCAUUUGAUUAGGAGUCAGCUGUAAAUUCCAGGUUAAAGGAAAUACCUCCAAAGGGAACAUUUCAGCGAAAGGCUUUUGCACCUCUUGUUUUGCCAGUCAAGGAAUUGGUUGGCUUCAACCACGUUUCUGUGAACGGUUGUCAUUGAUGAUGAGCCAAUUUGAGAACCCUACCAGCGAAAUUAACCUGUUUCCUACCUGGAAUUGUAUAUUUAAUGUUAUUUAUUUUGAAAAAAAUAAUGAUGUAAUAUAUGUCACUACUGUAAAUUAACUUGCUUUUUUAUCUGCUGCUGAACAGUUUCUACUUUAUACCAGGUUUCUUAUGCAAUUUAGUGGUCAAAAAGGUUAUGUAAAACAUAAUGAAAACCCGUUACCAUUAGCUCAUCACUUGUCCUCCUCACUGAAUACCUACCACCGGAUUAAUGUCGGCCCAACAAAACUCUGUCAGUAGAUGUGGUUAUUUUCAACACUGUCACUGAAUCACUGUUGCCUUUCGUUGGCUUCACCUCAUAGUGCGCUCGUUGUUUAGAGGGUCAGAUCGAGAACUUUAAUACGGACAUGUGAAGAGUUUUCACACAAUACAUUUUUCUGAGAAAUGGCCUCCUGUUCGCAUUUUCUUGUUGUGCUAGUGUAUGUCAAGGAAAUCAUGACUCUCAAACCUGCAUGAUCUUCUCAAACAGCUCUACUGUGUUAUUCUUACUAGCUGUAGAUGUAAAUGGAAUGGCUUAUUCUGUGAUUUGAGAGUCAUUGUUUUAUAACAUAUUGACUCACACAAGCAUAGCUGAUGGUAAUAAGAGGUUUGUGCCAACUUCUCAGGAGGGUCUUAAUCAACAGUCGGUAAAGUAAACCUGAUAUUCCUUGGCCCUCUUAGUCAGUGAAGAUUAAAUAUCACUUAGUCUAAUGUCUUUUCACUCAGUUGUUAUUAUAGAUCUUGGACAACCAAAUAGAGUCUGUGAAUAUAGCCUAAGCUGUGAUUUAUUCCACUUGUGUACUGGUUAACUGGCAUCUGAGCUUACCUCAAUUUAAAGGGAUAACAUUUGAUGAGUAUUAUGGUUGUCCUUAAUCUAUUAACAUGAGUAAUUCAAGGGGCUCAUUGGUAGAAUUAGGCUAGUUGUUCCUACUUUGUUGUGGCACAUUUCGAGGGUAAAUUACGAUGUAUAAGACACAUUCACUCAUGUAUUUAGACUUUGAGGAUUUUGGGAAGAUUGCUCUUUAUUUCUAUCAAUAUCUUGAGUUGUGUGCAUACUUGGUGGUGCAUACUUAGAUAAUAUUUAUCACCUUCACUUACUCACUGAGUUUGGGUUGUAAUUCUUGAUAGGGACUUGAAGACGACUCAGCACUUAGUAAAAUAUAGAUAAGUGUUCUGAUAGGAGAUGAACUCAAUCCUACAUCUGGGUUUUGUUUUUAAAGAAUACACACAGUUGUGUUUGGGUGGAGUCUGGCGGCCAUUGGCUUCUGCUCACUUUCAUCUAUGCUGUUGCUGACGAUUAAGCCAUGAUGACAUCCAUUUUGUAUUAUGUUAUACAUGACUGAUCUGUGACUGACAUUGAAAAAUAGCUAACUAUCUUUAGGCGCAUGCAAUCAGGUUUGAAGGAGUUGGGUAUGUUUAAAUAUGAUACCAUUGUUUGUACAUUCUGGGUGAAUGUGAUGUGUACAGUUAGUAGACCUCUGUAGACUUGAUCACAUAACUGCUGUUGACAUUACCUUUUUAAGUCCGAAUUUUCUAGCCCACCAUGACCUCCUCUGACCGGUGUUCACUGUAUUUGCACAGAUUCGGUGCGUUUGAAAUGUCAUUAAGCAAUACGCCCUGAAAAUGGUGUGUCCAGGUAAUCCACCCUAACGCCAUCAUUUGUUUUAGGUUGUUUGUUUUUUUUGUUGUUUUGUUUUUUCAUUUUGUGUCAAUGCAAUGUAUAUUGGACAUGAUGCUCAAUAAAGUGUGUAAACAGA